UGUCAAUGUCAAAAUUAUGUCACUCGUUUCACCAAAAUUUUGUAAUUUUACAUAGAAUUUAACUUCAUGUUCGAAUGUUUAUUUUCAAUUGAUUUAAAAUGUUUCGUAAUACUUUAAAAGUAAAUUUGAUAGCACGUGGUCAUGAGGUUCAAAGAUGUAAACACACUAGUAAAUUGGAUGCUAUAAGAGAAAAACUAAGAGAGGGUCCAGGCUUGGCGGAUUUCAUAUCUGAAGAUAGACCGGCCAACUGGGACGAUUAUGAGGGGAAGCUGAAACGAGAGAAAGGUGAAGUGGAGAGAUUGAGGCUACCUCCUUGGUUAAAGACAUCAAUACCUACAGGUUCAAAAUUCAGUGCACUAAAAGAGCAGCUCCGUGGGUUGAAGUUGAGUACUGUGUGUGAGGAGGCCAGGUGUCCAAACAUUGGAGAAUGCUGGAGCGGAGGCAAACAUGGCACAUCUACUGCCACUAUUAUGCUAAUGGGCGAUACUUGUACACGCGGCUGCAUGUUUUGUUCGGUAAAAACAUCUCGGGCGCCGCCCCCACUGGACCCGGAUGAACCUCGCAACACAGCCUAUGCUGUGGGUCAAUGGGGUCUAGGAUAUAUUGUGUUGACAUCUGUCGACAGAGAUGAUUUGCCAGACGGUGGCUCCUCACACUUUGCGGAAACUGUCAGAGAAAUAAAACGACAGAACAGUGAGAUCCUGGUGGAGUGCCUGGUGCCCGACUUCCGCGGCAACCGGGACAGCAUCGCGAACAUCGCCAACUGCGGACUUGAUGUGUUCGCGCACAACAUUGAGACAGUGGAGAGACUUACGCCCUUCGUGAGGGACAGACGUGCGGGGUAUCGUCAAACGCUGAAGGUGCUGGAGACGGCGAAGGAGAUAAAUCCUGAGCUGGUGACCAAGUCCUCCAUCAUGCUGGGUCUGGGAGAGACAGAUGAGCAAGUGGAGCAAACUAUGAAAGAUCUCCGAUCAGCAGGCGUUGACUGUGUGACAUUAGGUCAGUACAUGCAGCCUACGAAGAGGCACCUGAAGGUGUUUGAAUAUGUGACUCCGGCCAAGUUCCAGCAGUGGGAGGCUCGAGGUGGACAGCUGGGCUUCCUGUACACUGCCAGUGGACCCCUCGUCAGGUCCUCGUACCGGGCUGGAGAGUUCUUCAUCACCAGUCUGCUCAAAGACAGGAAGGCUAAGACGGCCUGAUCACUUUGAUAACUUCGGUGACCUUAAAGUCUCUCUUAGUGUGAAUUUACGUACACUAAGGGAUACCCUUAGGCAUCAAUUAAUGACUAAGUAAGACAGGAAGAUUGUCCAACUAAUUGCCUCCAACUGA